GCCGGCGGCGGGGGCGGGCGGCCGGGAGGAGGGAGGUGGCGGCGACGGCGGCGGGAGUCCUGAGCCAGAGCCCGGUCGGGCCGAGCGGAGCGGAGCGCGGCGGCGGCUGGGCCAGGAGAGGCUGGCGCGCCGGGCGGCCCCGCGAAUCCUCCGGCAUCCGCCCCGGCGGGCCGCCCCCGCCCGCGGCAGCCCCCCGAGCAGCGGCCCGGCACCGGCGCCUUCCCGGCGGGCAGGGUAAAUCAUGGAGCUUCGUGUGGGGAAUAAAUACCGGCUGGGACGUAAGAUCGGCAGUGGGUCCUUUGGAGACAUCUACUUGGGUGCCAACAUUGCCUCUGGGGAAGAAGUGGCCAUCAAGCUCGAGUGUGUGAAAACAAAACACCCGCAGCUACACAUCGAGAGCAAGUUCUACAAGAUGAUGCAGGGGGGAGUGGGAAUCCCAUCCAUCAAGUGGUGUGGGGCCGAGGGGGACUACAACGUGAUGGUCAUGGAGCUGCUGGGGCCCAGCCUCGAGGACCUCUUCAACUUCUGUUCCCGCAAGUUCAGCCUCAAGACAGUGCUGCUGCUGGCCGACCAGAUGAUCAGCCGUAUUGAAUAUAUCCACUCCAAGAAUUUCAUCCACCGGGACGUGAAGCCUGACAACUUCUUGAUGGGGCUGGGGAAGAAGGGCAAUCUAGUGUACAUCAUCGACUUUGGGCUGGCCAAGAAGUACAGGGACGCCCGCACCCACCAGCACAUCCCCUACCGGGAGAACAAGAACCUGACCGGGACGGCGCGCUACGCCUCCAUCAACACCCACCUGGGCAUCGAGCAAAGCCGUCGAGAUGACCUGGAGAGUCUGGGCUAUGUACUCAUGUACUUCAACCUGGGCUCCCUGCCCUGGCAGGGCCUCAAAGCGGCCACCAAGCGCCAGAAGUAUGAGCGGAUCAGUGAGAAGAAGAUGUCGACGCCCAUCGAGGUUCUUUGCAAAGGCUACCCCUCCGAAUUCUCAACAUACCUCAACUUCUGCCGCUCCCUGCGGUUUGACGACAAGCCUGACUACUCUUACCUGCGCCAGCUCUUCCGCAACCUCUUCCACCGCCAGGGCUUCUCCUACGACUACGUCUUUGACUGGAACAUGCUCAAAUUCGGUGCAGCCCGGAACCCCGAGGACGUGGACCGGGAGAGGCGAGAACACGAGCGAGAGGAGAGAAUGGGGCAACUGCGGGGAUCUGCAACCCGGGCCCUGCCCCCUGGCCCACCCACGGGAGCCACUGCCAACCGGCUCCGCAGUGCAGCCGAGCCUGUGGCUUCUACCCCAUGCUCCCGCAUCCAGCAAGCUGGCAAUACUUCUCCCAGAGCGAUCUCACGGGCCGACCGGGAGAGGAAGGUGAGCAUGAGGCUGCACCGCGGCGCUCCUGCCAACGUCUCCUCAUCAGAUCUCACUGGGCGGCAAGAGGUCUCCCGGAUUUCAGCCUCACAGACAAGCGUGCCGUUUGACCAUCUUGGGAAGUGAGGAGAGCCACCAUCGGACCAGUGUUUCGUUAGUGUCUUCACUGUAUUUUCUUU